AUGACUAAGCAUUCUUUUGUUACUACUAAAUCUUUGUUCAUUCAUCUUAUUGGUUUUGUAUGGUGUAGUUUUGGUACCUACAAUGGUCAUGUUUAUUACAGCAUGCCUUCAUACCAAAAUUAUGGUGGGCGCUUUCAAUUUUUGACUAUGUGGGCAUCCUACCUUUUGUAUCUUGGAACUGCUAUCGGCACUCUUGUUGAUUCUAUACAUCUAAAAAACAAAAACAAUGAAAAUAAACAUCUAAAAUCACCUCUUUUACUGAUUCGAGAUGAUUUUAGUGUGGUAUGGGGAACAUUGAAUUGCUUAGUUCCAAUAUUAUAUUGGUCUGUAGCUUAUUUUGAUCGAGAAGGUAUUCAUCCAAAGGAAUUACAGCAUUUGUUACCAUUCAAUGGUUGGUAUAACCAUUAUUUACAUACUAUUCCUGCUUUUUAUGUGCUCUUGGCAAUUACGAAUGUAAAUUAUGCUCAUCCACCGCUUCGCAGAGCUAUAGUUUAUAUAAUUACUUUAUUUUUAACUUACUUAUGUUGGUUAAUUUGGUUAGCAAAUCUUAAUGGAGUAUACGCGUACCCAUUUCUAAAUGCAUUGAGCAAAGAAGGCUUUGCGGUUUUCAUUAUAUGCUCGUGCUUGGUUGGGUUUUUAUUGUAUAUAGUUUUAAAAUCUGUCUCUGCAAUGUUGUGGAAAACUUGUGAAUCAGAGGCACUUCGUUCAAAGCUAAAAUAA